AUGGGAAAAGAUUCAAAUAAUAUCACUUCUACUUCUUUAAAUGUACCUUCUGAAUUAAAUAUGACAUCUGUUGAUUUGAAUCCUAGCGUUUCACAUGAAAAUGAACAAAAUAAAACAAAUAAUGCAUUUAAAAGACGUAUUUCAUCUGUAUCAAUGUCAAUUCAAAAGGUUUUUGGAGUUAGUAGAGAAGAAGGUGAUUUUACACUUGGUUGUAUCAAAGUUUUUCAUACAAGAACUAGGUUUUUAAUUAUGGUACUUGUUUUAUUAUGCCUUGCAUCAAUCUGGUCAAAUAUUUUAGCUUUCAAUUUUGCAAUAAUUUGUAUGAACCCAAAACCUGCAAAUGAAACAAAAAGCAAUGUAACAAAUGAACAUUCAAUGUUUAAUCCAGUUUCUUUAACUUCUAAUGACAAAUCAUUAUUAACAUCAGCUGUUGCUGCUGCUGCUUUAAUUUCAAAUUUUAUUGUUGUACCUUUAAUUGGAAAUUAUGGUAUUAGAACUAUAUUUGCACUAUUAGGAAUUUUAUCAGCUAUAAGUACAUUUGCAAUGCCAUGGGCAUUUGAAUUUGGUUUUUCAUAUAUUCUUGCACUUCGUGUACUUCAAGGUAUUGCAUUUGCCUCCAAUUUUCCCGUUAUUGGAGCAUUCUCUUCAAAAUGGACAUAUUACAAACAAAAUGGUUUAUUUGUUUCUGUUCUUGUUGCAUAUGUACAAUUAUCUCCAUCAUUAACAUUACCAAUUUCUGGAGCAUUAUGUACAAGUCAAUGGGGUUGGCCAUCUGUUUUUUAUGUUCAUGGAGUAUAUUGUGCCUUAUUAUUUAUUAUAUAUGGAUUCUUUUAUCGUAACUCUCCAAGAAAACAUCCAUAUGUUGGUGAUAUUGAAUUAAGGAAAAUUGCUGUUGGUAAAUCAGAAUGUUCAAAAGAAGAACUUAAAAAAAUUCCAUAUGUGCCAAUAUUAAAAACAGCAGCUGUAUGGGCUGUAUGGAUUGCUGCUAUUGGUAAUUUUACAACAGUUAAUAUGAUGUUCUUAUUUUCACCAAAUUAUUUAAAUGGUGUACUUGGAUUUAAAGUAAAUAAAACUGGUAUCUCAGCUGCUAUAGGACCAAUUGCACAAUUUUUAAUCAAAUUAUUUGCUGGAUUUACAAGUGACAAAAUAAAAUGUAUCUCUGAAAGUAAUAAACUUAGAAUUUACAACAGUAUAGCAUUUCUUGGAAGUUGUACAUUUCUUUCAAUUUUAGCUUUUACACCAGGUGAAUAUCCAAAUGCUUGUCUUAUGCUUCUUGGUAUAUCUGCUGGAAUUCUUGGUUUUACAACAGGUGGUUUCUUUAAAGCUGGUCCAUUAAUAUCAAAACAUUAUUCACAUUUUGUAACAGGAAAUGUUUCACUUGGAAUUACUAUAACAAUGCUUAUUGUUCCAUUUGUUGUUGGAGGAUUAGCACCAAAUAAUGAUGCUGAAGGAUGGAAAAAAAUAUUCUUAUUUACAGGUGCUGUACUUUUUAUAACGAAUCUUUGUUUUGUUAUUAUGUCUUCAGCUAAACCAGCCGUUUGGACGACAGAUGAAUUUAGUAGAAAUGCUUCAAGAAAUAAAGUUUAUAGCACUCAAACUUCAUCUCGUCGCGAAUUUGCUCCAGAAGUUACUGUUGGUUAA